AUGUUUUUGUCAUUUGUAAUCAUUGCGACGAGUAUCCUAUGUGCGACAACAGAGGCUGCUUAUCGCAUUGACAAUGCAGAUAACAUUCGAGACACGGCCCGUGGGCUUGCGUACGAUUUAAUGCUACAGUACGAAGGGAACAAGACGGGGCAGAUUCCUGGUAUUUUGCCUGGUCCACCGACUGAGAACAAAGGAGAUUAUUACUGGUGGGAAGGAGGUGCUAUGAUGGGCACAUAUGUCGAUUAUUGGCAUCUCACGGGCGAUACAAGCUACAAUUCAGUCGUCAUGGAGGGCAUGCUUCACCAAGUAGGCGACCACGAAAACUAUAUGCCCUUGAACCAUACGGCAUCUCUCGGGAAUGACGACCAAGGCUUCUGGGGCAUGUCCGCGAUGCUGGCGGCGGAGAACAAAUUCCCGAAUCCCCCAGCAGAUAAACCCCAGUGGCUUGCUCUGGCCCAAGCGGUUUGGAACACUCAAGCGGAUCCUAGCCGCCAUGAUGAGACCUGCAAUGGUGGAUUGAGAUGGCAAAUCCCUUUCUCAAAUGCUGGUUACAAUUACAAGAACACAAUUGCCAACGGAUGCUUCUUCAAUAUCGGGGCCCGACUUGCUCGAUACACUCGAAACGAUACGUACGCCAAGCGCGCCGAGGAUACUUGGAACUGGCUAUGGGGAGUGGGAUACAUCGACCACGAAAACUGGCUCGUCUAUGACGGCGGCCAUGUCGAAAAGAACUGCACCGAUAUAAAUCGCGCCACAUUCUCCUACAACGCAGCUGUUCUGACCCAUGGAGCUGCCUUUAUGUACAACUAUACCAAUGGCUCAGAUGUCUGGAAGUAUCGCGUAGAUAAACUCCUCGACUCUCUGUUAGCAAGAUUCUUUCCGGACGGAAUUGCAUAUGAGGCUGCUUGCGAGCCGCGCCAAGGUGCAUGCAGCACAGACAUGCUCUCGUUCAAAGGCUACAUCCAUCGCUGGCUAUCUGUGGUGACCCAAGUCGCCCCGCAUACGAAGAACAAGAUCCUUCCUGUUUUACGAAAAUCGACAGAAGCUGCUGUCAAGCAAUGCACCGGAGGCGAUUCAGGCCGACGAUGCGGCUUCUACUGGAGUUCUGGGAAAUUCAUCGACCCGGCCGUCGAUCAUACCAGCGGCGCCGGCGAAGCCAUGAAUGUCCUGGCAGCAGUGUCGAGUCUGUUAAUCAACGAAGCGAAUCCUCCAGUAACCAAUUCAUCGGGAGGUAUUUCUAAAGGAAACCCGAAUGCAGGAACUGGGGCAGACAAUGGAGAGGUUGAGCUGAAGCCAAUUGGUGCGGGGGACAAGGCUGGGGCUGUUAUUGUGACACUCUUGUUACUGGGCAGCGCAACGGCCGGCUUCAUUUGGAUAUGUUGGGUUGACUAA